AUGCCGCCUACAUUGUUCGGCUUGGGGCAAUCUGCCCUCGCCAUCCUCAUCAUCUUUCUCAUCGCUGGAACCAGAUCUUCACGAAACAUGCAACCCAUUAAAAUCUAUCUGCACCAGGCGUUCUGGUGCUGUAUUGUCGAGACAGCAGUCUGGUGUCCCGCCAAGGUCUUCACAUACUUCACACGCAGCAACCGCCGUCUCCCGCCGAGACUACGUCAGAAACUGAACCCAUUCAUUUCUUUCCUCUGGUGCGAGAUGACCGUCCAUAUCGUCGCACAGUUGGUCCAACCUUUCAUCAUCCACGCAUCACUUUCGCCAGCCCUAACAGAGGUGUCAACGAAUACAAGCGCGCCCAAACCCGACCCUUGGGGGACUCUAGACCAGAGCGUGGUACUCUUCUGUGUAUUUCAGAUCAUCCACAGUGUGUCGCUCUGUGCGGGAUUUGUUCAGAGCAUAUUCGAAUGUCACACAUAUCUCGACUUGCUCAACGUCGAUCCGAUGGAUGUACCCAUAGCCCGCUUGGGUGUACUAGAUGUGCUCGCUGCCGCGCACGGGUGCACAUGCCAUUUAUUCAGCACCGCGGGCCUCCAUAUCGAGCGGAUAGCAACGGGGACGCUCGUGACGAGCCUUACAAUCGCGCAUGAAAACCUAAAUGGGCCGAAAUACUGGGCGUUUACCGCGGCGGCGGGCGCCCUCCUGAUGGUGGCCCAUGCAAACGGGUGGAGGAUGGCCCUAGAAUGGGACGCUCAGCGGAUUGAGCUGAUGGCCGACCGCCGAAGACGGCCCCCUGUCAGGCAGCAGACCAUGUUCGGGGAGUUCAUGGACAGGCUAAGCAUGCGGUGCACAUGGGUGUUGGAGGCGUGGUUCCAGAGGAUGGUGCCCUGGCGACUUCCAAGGCUCGGGCAGUGGCUUUGUUCUGAGCUGGCAGCGCUGUGGCCUGACGGUGAGUUGCAGCAGUUUUAUGUCGAGUGGCAGGCCGAGUUCCCACCACUCGCGCGCCUGGCUCCGUGGAGCCACAACAUUCGCCAUGUCGAUCAGUGGCGGACGGCUGGUCUCACUAGAGACUAUGUGCCGAGGGAUUAUUUGGCCGUUCCUGUUCGUGGACCCACAGGGUGGUUGGGACAGUUGCGCUAUGUAGCACUGGGUAGGAUUCUCGUGGUCCUGGUCUACUUCCUUGAGGCGGCUUUUGCUUGGUUCUUUUUCCUUGCUUUGGCCAUGGCUGGUAUUUUUUGGUACGAGGAACGCAAGGUAAAGCUGAAGUCCAGAAGAGCCUAG